AUGACCCAUCGACAGGCCCCGCCGCAGCCGGCCCGGAGCUCGCGGCCCCAGACCGAGAAGGUAUCCAGCUCGGCAUCCAAGAGCAAGGGAACUAAAGCAACGGCACCGGCUCCGGCUUCCAAGCCCGCGAGGCAGACGACUCCCAUCGCAGCACCGAAGCCCGUCCGCCCGGUUUCUGCUCAUAAACUUCAGCCCCCGGUGCAGCACUUCAACGUCCCACCUCCCGCGAGCCCAGCACCGAAAGCCGGCGCCGGUGGCCCUACAGCACCUCCGAAAGGCCCUCUAUCCGGCGUCGGCCGCGUAGCCGACCUCCGCAGCCCCGGGCCCGGCGCCCUUACCAGCUUUCCGCCACCGCCGACACCGCCGCAGAGGGAGUCCGCCGGCUACUUUCCCGCGGGCGCAGGACAGCAACAACUAUCAUCAGCGCAAAUCAAGGCAGUCGCAGCUCGUGUCCCGGCUAGUGCGGCCAAUGGAGUCCUUACACCACCCGAAAAGGCAAAGAGUACCGGGGCAGCAGAACAACGGCGGCCUGGCAUGAUCGACUUUGAUAACCUCGAAGAGACGCUCCAGAACCUACGCUUCGCGCCCUCGCCGAUGCUGUCUACUAUCUACUCCGCCCCGUCGACACCUCGCGACGAACUUGCUACCCCCGACUUCACCGCCAGCACCACCACAUCGUGCUUCACGCCACCCUCCACGAACCCCACGCCUGAGCCCGUGACGCCGUUGGAUCUCACUCCACGAGGACCGCCGCCGCAACUGAAGCAGCAGCAGCAGCUAAAGAAGGAACUCACAAUGUCUCCCACCAGACCGCGCGCCAACUCCCGCAGGGCCAGCCCGCCCAGCAGAAAGCGAGGACGCGGCGUCGUCGCCUGCAUCGAUAGCCCUGUCACCUUUUGCACGACGUGGUACACACACCCUACCGCGCCCGACUUCUCCAUCUGCUCGAAGUGCUACGAGGACCACCUCGUCGGCACUCGUUUCGAGCACGACUUCCGGGGCAAGAUCUGCGACGACAACAAGCCGCGGGUCUGCCGCUUCAGCAAGCCUCGCGUUAAGGACCAUCUUCUCCGCAACACCCUCGCCACGGGACGCAUCGAGGACAUCGUGAGCUUCCUCCUCCACAGGAGCGCCGUUCCAGACUGCAGGGGUGCCGAUGGAGCCAAGGGAAGCGAGGGGGCGAAAUGGUACCGUCCAAAGAACAAUGCUGUGCCAAACAUGGUUGUCUGCCAGGCCUGCUUCGAGGACCACAUCCAGCCGUACCGCUUCGCGGCCAACUUUGAGCAGGCCACAGGACAAGCCACCAACGAUGUAUGGUCCUGCGACCUUUCCACCCGUUUUAUUCAAAACAUCUACAAAGAGGCGGCGGUCAAGGACGACUGGAUCGGCUUCACCAAGGAGGCUUUCGCCAGGAUGGAUAUGCCCCCCUGCGCCAAGCGCCAAAAGGUUACCGUCACCUCCCGCAAGUGGUUCACCCCCACGGCCGCAGGCCACGACGGCGUUCUUGUAUGCGCCGCGUGCUACUGCGACUUCGUGGCCGGCACCGGCGAAGAAGGGAAGUGGUGCGGCGCCGGCACGAACCUCGCCUCGCGGUACGGCAGCCUUGUCUACUGUGCGCUGGGCCACUUCAACAUUGGCAUCGCAAUGUCCUGCGCCACCGAGGCCAAGCAAUACUCCAUCUUCUGGAAGGCCCUCGACGCGGCCUGUACCGAGGAGUUCUGCAGUCCGCAGGGUAUCAAGGACGGGACGUGGUACACGUUCCCCUCCCACCCGGCCGAGUUCGGCAUCUGCGCCGCCUGUGUGUCGACCGUCGCCGAACCUCUCGGCUUGAGCUCCUCUCUCGUGCCCAAGUGUGGCGUGUCAUCCGGCACGACGCUCCUGUGCUGCUUCAACCCUGCAAACCCGCGCUUCGCACCGUACAUGACGAAGCUUCUCGAGUGCCACUUCACGGCCGACACCCAGCCGCUUGAGUCCUACGCCCUCGAGUUCGCCAGCCUGCCGCUCUGCCCGCGCGACGAGGAUUUCCGCGACAGGCGUUGGUAUGGAUGGCAGGAGUGUACGAUCUGCCCGUCGUGCUACCAUGAGUUCAUCCGCGGCACGACGCUGGCUGCCGCCAUGCCGCUCAAGGGCGGAACCGCGGCCCCGAGCCUCAUGUGCGAGAUGUACAGCCCGCGCAUGCGCAACCUCUACGCCCAGGUGUGUGCCCGCAACGACCCGUCUGAGCUGCUUCGGGUAUCUAAGGCCCGUCGAGCCGUCUAUGUCGAGACGGUGCCUACGAUCCGGCAGAUGAUUAUGGAGGCGCAGAUGGCGCUUGGCCAGCAGCGUGUGUCGAACGUUGCGACCUCGACGAGUCGGGCUAUGGGGCAGGUUAAGGAUGUCGUUAUGCUGAGCCAGGGGGUUUAUAGUAUGCCUGGCGUUGGAUUCGAGUUCACCAAUCAAUUCGAGGCUCAGGGGGCCUCGUACAGCAAGCAGGCGAACUCCAUCAUGGCAGAAUAUGGGUCGGGAUCGCGAACUCAUGUUAUUGGAACGUUGGAGAAGAGAUGGAGGGAGGUUGAGUGA